UCAGCAUUUCAAAUCUAGAUCAAUUGCAGGCUGCAGUAAUGCCCCCAGAGUUGAAGACCGAGGUGAACAUCACCCCCAAGGUUAUCCAGGGGGACCUACAGAGCCUACCUCCAGAAGUGAAAGAGUUCAUUGAAAGUCAUGCCAAGCUGUGCCAGCCUGAGAGCAUUCAUAUCUGCGAUGGUUCUGAAGAAGAAAACCAAAAAAUAUUGGACAUCAUGGUGGAACAAGGCAUGAUCAAGAAGCUGAGCAAGUAUGAGAACUGCUGGUUGGCUCUCACUGAUCCAAGAGAUGUGGCAAGAAUUGAGAGCAAAACUGUCAUUAUCACACAAGAGCAGAGAGAUACAAUUCCAAUCCCUAAAGCUGGCCCUAGUCAGCUGGGCCGCUGGAUGUCAGAGGAAGAUUUUGAGAAAGCCUUCAAUAUCAGAUUCCCAGGUUGCAUGCAAGGACGUACUAUGUAUGUCAUCCCCUUUAGCAUGGGGCCUAUUGGGUCUCCUUUGUCCAAGAUUGGAAUUGAACUGACGGAUUCACCAUAUGUAGUGGCCAGCAUGAGGAUCAUGACACGAAUGGGAACAGCUGCUUUGAAAGCUCUGGGCAAUGGGGAGUUUGUAAAAUGCCUUCACUCAGUUGGAUGCCCUCUGCCACUAAAAGAACCGCUAAUCAACAACUGGCCGUGCAACCCCGAGUUAACGCUGAUUGCUCAUCUCCCCGAUCGCAGAGAGAUCAUCUCGUUUGGCAGCGGCUACGGAGGAAACUCCUUACUGGGGAAAAAGUGCUUUGCUCUCAGAAUUGCCAGCAGAAUCGCCAAGGAAGAAGGCUGGUUAGCUGAGCACAUGCUGAUCCUGGGCAUUACAAAUCCAGAGGGUGAAAAGAAGUAUUUCGCUGCAGCAUUCCCUAGUGCAUGUGGAAAGACAAACUUGGCCAUGAUGAACCCAAGCCUGCCAGGAUGGAAGAUCGAGUGCGUGGGGGAUGACAUUGCCUGGAUGAAGUUUGAUGAACAAGGCAAUUUAAGGGCAAUAAAUCCAGAAAAUGGCUUUUUUGGUGUUGCUCCUGGAACUUCAAUCAAAACAAACCCCAACGCCAUUAAAACCAUAUUCAAAAACACCAUCUUUACCAAUGUAGCCGAAACCAGCGAUGGAGGUGUCUACUGGGAAGGCAUGGAUGAGCCAUUACCAGCAGGAGUGACCCUGACUUCCUGGAAGAACAAGGACUGGACUCCAGAUAACGGGGAACCUUGUGCUCAUCCCAACUCACGAUUCUGCACCCCAGCCGGGCAGUGCCCCAUCAUAGACCCUGCAUGGGAGUCACCAGAAGGGGUGCCCAUCGAAGCCAUCAUAUUUGGAGGCCGCAGACCUACAGGUAAGAGAUGAAGCAUCCAGGUUUCAGGGCUCAAG